UCAGAAUUUCUGUGGUUUAUACAGACCGGAAACAACUGAAUUUAACUGCAGCCCAACUUCCGACAGUCCAAAAUGGCUGAAAGAGGAUACAGUUUCUCCCUCACCACAUUCAGCCCCUCGGGCAAACUGGUCCAAAUUGAAUAUGCUCUUGCAGCAGUAGCAGCAGGCGCUCCAUCUGUUGGUAUCAAAGCCUCAAAUGGAGUGGUAUUGGCGACAGAAAAGAAACAGAAAUCCAUAUUGUACGAUGAACAGAGCGUGCACAAAGUGGAGCCUAUAACCAAACACAUCGGCAUGGUCUACAGUGGUAUGGGUCCAGACUACAGGGUGCUGGUUAGGAGAGCACGGAAGUUGGCCCAACAGUACUUCCUGGUAUACCAGGAGCCCAUUCCCACAGCCCAGCUGGUGCAAAGGGUGGCCUCCGUCAUGCAGGAGUACACACAGUCGGGUGGUGUGCGUCCAUUUGGUGUGUCCUUGCUAAUCGCAGGGUGGGAUGAAGAUCGCCCUUUCCUCUUUCAGUCAGACCCAUCUGGUGCAUAUUUUGCUUGGAAAGCAACAGCAAUGGGAAAGAACUAUGUUAAUGGAAAAACAUUCCUCGAAAAAAGAUACAAUGAGGAUCUGGAACUUGAGGAUGCCAUUCACACAGCAAUAUUGACCCUGAAGGAAAGCUUCGAGGGUCAGAUGACCGAAGAUAACAUCGAGGUGGGCAUCUGCAAUGAAGCGGGCUUCAGAAGACUCUCACCUGCAGAGGUCAAAGAUUACCUGGCAGCCAUCGCCUAAGCCACCAUUGCUCGGAUUGCUCUUUUGUUGUCGUUUUGAUUUUUUGACUACAAUACAAUAACUUACAAGAACUCCAUUUUCAGUUGAACAGCAUUUUUAUUAUUUGUUAUUUUGUCCCUUUAUACCUCUGUAGAAACCUACCAAUAAAUGCAGGUAAUUACAAAUACCUGUGCUUUGUGUUGA